ACAGAUAUAAAUAAUGGCCUUCCAAUUGGACGAUCUUCUAAAAGAAGAUAAGAAGGAUGCAAAUUUAUUACCUGAUCUAAGUAAAGCAACCUGUAAUUCUCAAGAAGAAUUCCGGCGACUGCUCGAAAAUUGCCCUGAAUUUAAAAUUAAACCGGAAAAGGUAAAAAAAGAUGAUGCAAAAGUGCGCGAUAAAGAAUUUUCCUGGAAGCCAACCAGAAGAGAACUGAAAGCAUUUGGAAAGGAAUGGAAUUAUGGAAAUCCGAUACCUCCAGACAUGAGAGCUUUGAAUCUUCACGAGUUACAACAGGUUGCUAUUGAUUGGAGAAUGUUAACGCCGAUCAGACCAAAGCAUCGACAAGACGAAGAAAUGUUUUCCAGAUUGGUAGAAAUGGGAAAACUAGAAGCAAAAACAGUUGCUAAAGAACGACGAUCAAUUAUAAGUCCCAUUAGACGCAGUAAAAACCGUGCCGGUAUGAUCGAAAGUAGCGUAAAAACUUGUGCUGAGUGUGGAGAAGAAUAUUGCUUUGGUGAAUUUUGUGGCGAUGUUCUGUACGAUCUAUUUGUGAGAGUAACUGUUACAAUUCAGCAACCGAAAGUGAAAGUGUCCGCUGACACAGAAGCGAUAAUAGCUAAUAUGGAUCGUAAAAAGAAACGCAAGAGGAAGAAAAGAAUUAAGAAUAAAAACAGAUCGUCCAGAAAGAAUGGAAGAUUGUUAAUUAGACACAAAGGAAUGAAAUCUACUGAUUUGGGAAGAAAGAACAAUAAAGUCAAGAUCGAGAACGAGAGCGAUUCGAAGCCUGUUAAACCAUUCAAAAGGAAAUGCAGCAAAUACCCUAAAAAAGGAUUUCGAAAAUAAGCGUAGAAAGUAACAUUUAGGAAAACUAGAAAAACGAAUUUAAGUAAAUGAUUGUUUUUAAUAAUGAAAGUGAAAUAUGAUAAUCAUAAAUGUAAAACGUAUGUAUUCUAACGAUAUUGUUUGUGUUCCCAACGAUGAGUAGAUUAAUUAGUAAAAAAAAAAAAAAAAAAAGAAUAGAUACUGUACAAGUUUAUAUAAUGUAAAUAAUUUCAUGUAGGAAGUAGAAACUAAAAGAGAAUAAUGAAGGGACAGUAGAAAAAGUAAAA